GCGGGCUGGAGGGGGGGGGAGGGAUGGAAGAAGGAUACUCCGCCGCUCCGAACGGCCCGUGAAGCGCCGCCGCUUGCCUCAGAGCCCCCCAACCGCGGCGGGACACCGGGGCCGUGCCACGCGCAAGCGGAGGCGCCUCUGCCUGGCGGGGAGAGGCGGCCAGCAGCGCCCUCUGCUCCCUGGCUGCGGAGAGCCGCCGCCGCUCGCUCCGGGGCGUGCGGAAGCCACGGGCAGCGGCUCGGAGCUGAGCAGCCGCGGCCGGAGCAGCUCCCUCGUGGCAGCGGGACCCAGCAGAUGGGGCUUCACCCGGCUGACAUUGCCAGUGAGAAAACUCAUUGAAGCAUGAUUGGUCUCUAAGAUUACGUUUGGGCUUGCUGAAAACCAGAGGCUUUUAUUAUCAUGAAGGCAACAAAAGACUCUCGAGAGAACAGCAGUAUGAAAUCUUUCAAAGUGCCAUGUGUCUGCACAGCAUUAUCCUUAGUAAUUCUGUUCCUUCCAGUCAUUGGAACUUCAAAACAAAAUAUCCCAAGACUUAAGCUCUCUCAUAAAGACUUGCUGCUUUCAAACAGCUGUAUCCCAUUCCUGGGCUCAGCGGAGGGGUUUGAUUUUCGGACCCUGCUGCUAGAUGAGGAGAGGGGUCGGCUGCUGAUUGGUGCUAAAGAUCACAUCUUUCUGCUCAGCCUGGUUGAUUUAAACAAAAAUGUAAAAAAGAUUUACUGGCCUGCAGCAAAAGAGAAGGUGGAAGUCUGCAAACUAGCUGGGAAAGAUGCCCAGACAGAAUGUGCAAACUUUAUCCGGGUUCUUCAGCCCUACAACCGGACCCAUGUUUAUGUCUGUGGCACAGGAGCCUUCCACCCUAUCUGUGGUUACAUUGAACUUGGAGUACACAAAGAGGAAAUGGUAUUCAGACUUGACACUCAGAACCUGGAGUCUGGCAGGCUGAAAUGUCCUUUUGAUCCUCAACAGCCAUUUGCUUCAGUAAUGACAGAUGAGUAUCUCUAUGCUGGGACAGCUUCUGAUUUCCUUGGCAAAGAUACAGCUUUAACACGAUCUCUGGGCUCUUCUCACGACCACCAUUACAUUAGAACUGACAUUUCCGAACAUUACUGGCUUAACGGAGCAAAAUUUAUUGGAACCUACCCCAUUCCAGACACAUAUAAUCCAGAUGACGACAAAAUCUAUUUCUUUUUCCGAGAAAUAACACAAGAUAGCAGCACAUCUGACAAAGCAAUCCUUUCCCGAAUUGGAAGAAUUUGUAAGAAUGAUAUGGGAGGUCAACGGAGCUUAAUAAACAAGUGGACAACUUUCCUGAAAGCAAAACUGGUGUGCUCAAUACCUGGCCCUGAGGGAGCAGACACAUACUUUGAUGAACUACAAGAUAUAUUCUUACUUUCCACAAGAGAUGAGAGAAACCCACUAGUGUAUGGAGUCUUCACGACUACAAGCUCUGUAUUCAAGGGCUCUGCAGUUUGUGUUUACAGCAUGGCUGAUAUCAGAGCUGUUUUCAAUGGUCCUUAUGCCCAUAAAGAAAGUGUGGAUCAUCGAUGGGUACAAUAUGAAGGACGUAUUCCAUACCCCCGGCCUGGUACUUGCCCAAGCAAAACCUAUGACCCACUGAUUAAAUCUACCAGAGACUUUCCAGAUGAUGUCAUUAGCUUUAUAAAACGCCAUCCACUGAUGUACAAGUCAGUUUACCCAGUGACUGGAGGACCUGUAUUUACCAGAAUCAAUGUGGAGUAUAGGCUGACGCAGAUUGUAGUGGAUCAUGUCCUGGCAGAAGAUGGGCAGUAUGAUGUUAUAUUCCUAGGCACAGACAUAGGAACAGUACUGAAAGUUGUGAGUAUUACAAAGGAGAAGUGGACUAUGGAGGAAGUAGUACUGGAAGAGCUGCAGAUUUUCAAGCAUCCAACAUUUAUCUCAGCUAUGGAGUUAUCCCUGAAGCAGCAACAAUUGUACAUUGGUGCCAGAGAUGGAUUGGUUCAGCUCUCUCUGCACAGAUGUCACACUUAUGGGAAAUAUUGUGCAGACUGCUGCCUUGCCAGAGACCCAUAUUGUGCUUGGGAUGGAAACUCAUGUUCCAGAUAUGCACCGACUUCUAAAAGGCGAGCCAGGAGGCAAGACGUCAAAUAUGGAGACCCAGUCGCUCAGUGCUGGGAUGUGGAAGAAAGCAUUAGUCAUGAAACUGCUGAUGAAAAGGUGAUUUUUGGCAUUGAAUUUAAUUCAACUUUUCUGGAAUGCAUUCCUAAGUCCCAGCAAGCCUCUAUUAGGUGGUAUAUUCAACGCUCUGGAGAAGAACAUCGAGAAGAGCUGAAGGCUGACGAGAGGAUCAUCAAAACGGAAUACGGACUGCUGAUCCGCAGCCUGCAGAAAAGAGACACAGGAGCUUAUUACUGCAAAGCGCAAGAGCACACGUUCAUACACACCAUUGUGAAGUUAAAUUUGAACGUCAUAGAAAACGGGCAAAUGGAAAGCACUCAAAAAACGGAGGAUGAAGAGGGACGGGUGAGAGAUUUGCUUACUGAGUCGCGUCUGAGGUACAAGGAUUACAUCCAACUUGUCAGCAGCCCCAGCUUCAGCCUGGAUGAGUACUGUGAACAGAUGUGGCAUCGGGAGAAGCGGCGGCAGAGGAAUAAAGGUGGGGCAAAAUGGAAGCACAUGCAGGAAAUGAAGAAAAAGCGAAAUCGAAGGCACCAUGAACUUACCAGCAUUCCACAUGCUGCAUAGCUUUUAUAUUGUAUUUAAAGAAAGGACAUUUAACAUGCAAAAAUACUGUGUUCUGUUUUGUGCAUUCUUCCUAUUAAUUAAUAUUGCUUCUCACUUUGAGAUUAGAUAACGCACAGCCAUUAUUGCUCUGUACAGGACUGCACUAUAAUACUGGAAUAUUAUAGCAAAUGAAAAAUUCCUUAUUUGAGUAUCUCACUCAAGGCUAUAAUUCCAAGUCUGUUUUAUUUCCAGAAAUUCAGACUUUGUAGUUAAUGCUUAGUGAAAAGCUAAUUCAAGAAAUAUGUCAGGAUGAUGUUCUAUGGCUUCCUUGGCAUAAUUUUUAUAUGAGAUUUAAAGUCUGUUACAGUGCAUUAUUAAUAGACUGCUCCAUUCCACCCCAAUUCUGGCUGCAAUUCAGGGGUAGGUGGAUGUAUUUGUAAAACUGCUUUGGGACUUGAAAGGAUGAGAGGUGCCAUAUAAAUAGAGGUCAUUUGAUGAUAGAUCUACAAAACUAUACCAAAUUACCCAUUGAGCAUCUAUUUAGGGUCAUGGGUGGCAUUUCCUAACACGGAGAAGUAAAGCAAAAAGUCAAAUAUCAGCUUAGCAGUAAAGCUUGUUUUCUCCAUAAAAAAUGUAAUCAUGUUUUAAGAGGAGGAAAUGUAGAGCUUUGUGCGGCAUAAGCAGCCACCAGUUUGCAGUCCAUAUGCUGAAAUGAAAUUUUGACUCAAAUUGAAACUGCCAGCAAGAUACUUGAGAGUAAAUUUGCUAAGCAGCACGAGGGAGGUAUGUGCACAACCCCUAUUAACUAAUAAUGGGAUUUCUGCUUUCAUCUCUAUUGUCUCUCUGAAGAUUUUACCCUGACUGUCUCCACUCACAUCUACAACUCUAACAUGCAUCUGGCUUCUUUUUCUGGAGAACAGUUAAUUUGUUGUGGAAAAAAAAAAGAGAACACAUGCGCACAAAAACCCUCCUGAACUUGAUGACAAAAGACAAUGAGGAAAACAUAUUUAGUGACAGGCAGAAACUGACAAUGCUCUUACACCAAAGAUAAAAAUGGGUAAAGAGCAGAAAUUCUUCAGUCUUGUGUAUUCUUUGUUUUUUUUAAAGGUCUUGUGUAUUUCAAACAAAAUAUUUGUGUUGUUGAAAUUAAUACUAUUUUAUUAGAAUACAACAAAAACAAAAAAGCCCACUUGUAAAUAAACAGAAGUAGAAGUUAGAGAUGAGCAGCUUUGCAACUUACAAUAACAUCAUUUGAAAAGUGUUCCUUGUUUUACUUUCUUUUUUUUAAUAAGACAAAUCUUCUUAUAUGAGCAAGAGACACUGUGUUUCCUUCAGAUCUGAUUUACACCAGUGUAACUCCAUUGGCUACAUUAGACUUUUUCUCAGUUUAUGCUUGUGUAAGCAAGAUCAAAAUCAGGCCUACUGUCUUUUCUCAUGCUUCACAGCCCCUCUUCCCCCCUCUACCAUACUUCCCCCAUUUUGCCUUUCACGCCUCUUUGAGUGUGAAAUGACAAAUUAGCCACUUCCUCACAUGGAUGGAGGCUUUGAUGGAUACUAAAAUGACAGACAUUACUUGUUUCUCAUGCAUUCUACAUGUCUUGAGAACAAAGUCUGUGGGAAACUCAUGUAAAUGUUGUGCAAUUCAUUAAGGAACCAAGAAUUUUGUCUCUGAAUGCUGAAAAUUAGCCCUGUCUGCUACCCCGAUGUGUGUGUGCAUUCAAUCCGUGAUCAAUAAUUGUGUCCAUACAAUGUGCCAUUAUACAUAUAUAUUUUUUGGUAAACAAUACAACUACGGUGAUGCAUUUACCAGAUUGUAGAAAGGAAUCGCAGCUGACUCAAGUUUAUUGUAAAAAAAAAAAAAAAAAAAAAA